AACGGUUCAACUAGCUAAACAACUAGGUUACUGGUUUUGCUAGUGGGGACCGUAAGCGGUCCCUAGCCCGCAGUUUGGAAACCGAUGUCCCGGUCUGGCCGACCUCUGCUCUGCGUCUCUCUGCCUCCGACUCCGCCUCUCUCAGCACCAAUACACGAGCGACCGAACCCCAGCCUGCCUGCCGCCACACCAAAGCCCCCUCCAGCUCCUUUCUGUAUGCCUUCCCCAACCCACAAACCGGACUCCAUACUUCUGUGCCACGCGAACCCACCACUCUCACGCCAAAUGUACUCGUAGUUGUGGCGGAAGAAAAAGAAAAGAGACUACAACUUGAAAAGUACAAUAGGCGGUAUGUUGUAGCUUUGCUAUCGGAUAAGUUUGUCUUCUUUGCCCCCAGUUUUCGGCCCCGCGGCGGGGCAGGACAGCAAGGGAAGGUCGGGGGGGGGGGGAAAGGAUACCGUAGCCUAUGAUGUGGAUCUGGUACUUUCUGCUUGGUUCGGGGUCAGGCUCAAGAACUGUCGAGAGCCAGCUGCUCCCGGGGACUAACUUCACCACAGAGUGCAACAUCCCUGGAAUCUUUAUGUGUGGGGAUGGGAAGUGUGUCCCAGGCGGGUGGCAGUGCGACGGAUUGCCCGACUGCUUUGACAUGAGCGACGAGAAAGGCUGUCCUAAGGUCAAGUCAAAGUGCGCCCCUUCCUUCUUCGCCUGCGCUAAUGGUGUCCACUGCAUCAUCGGACGCUUCCGGUGUAACGGCUUCAGCGACUGUCCUGAUGGGAGUGACGAGGAGAACUGCACAGGCAACCCAUUGGUGUGCUCGGAGACUCGCUUCAAGUGUCGAAAUGGCCACUGUGUAGACCGAAGCUUCUUGUGUAACGGCCAGGACAACUGUCAGGACAACAGCGAUGAGGAGCUCUGCCUCACUACAGCAGAAGCACCGGGGCAGGACUUUGUGACGCUGGACUAUCGUCUGCGCUACUACCCCAGCAUCACCUACGCCGUCAUCGGCAGCGCCGUUAUCUUCGUCCUGGUGGUUGCGUUGCUGGCCUUGGUGCUCCAUCACCAGAGGAAGCGGAGUGUACUGCUGCCUAGAGGUGUAAGAGGGAGCUCGCACCACCACCAGCCCCUGCUGCUGUCCCGUCUGGUCAUUUUGGACCGGGGCCACAUCCAUCCGGGCAGCCAAGGUCCCUCCCCCGGUUCUCCCACCACAGCCGGCCCGUACAGCUCAACUCCUCAGGCCCUGCAGCUGCUCUCUGGGACCCUGUAUCCCCCUGGACUCUCCAUGGACUCACCUCCAUCAUACUCACAAGCUGUUCUGGAUGUCAGUCGGCCUCCCUGGUUUGAUCUCCCUCCUCCCCCAUACCUUUCAGAUGGGGAGCUGCCUCAAUACGAGGGCCCCCAAGACCCUUUGAGCCCCCCCACAGUGCAUCCCUCUCCACCCUCCACACCCAGAACUGUGGCCUUGGGCACCCAGCCGAGUCCGAGCUCCAGACAGAUGUUGGACCAGCUGUAGCCUCUCUCGUAGUUGAACUAGUUAGAAGUCAGAGAGACUGCAGGACCAAAGGACCAGGCUGCAGGGCCAUGUGAAGCCAGGACAGUCCAAAGAAAAGACCUGCUGAGGAGAACCAACAGGGACUAAGAGACUGUAGACUUAACAAUGUCCUAAACCUGCUACCUACUCAUUGGCCUACUGAAGCACUGGACUGGGACGAGGCUCAUCCUGCCAGACUGAUGUUGUAUGCUGGCUCCCCCUGCUGGGGUCAUGGCUGCACUACACCUUAAUUAGUUACACAUUACACACAUCCUCCAACAAGUUCAGUUCAGUUGAACACCGCUUCCUUCGAAUAAAUCCUGUAUACAAUACCUAACAGUGACCACAACCUGCAUCUCCAAAGACGUAGUUAAACUGCCAUUCAUUAACAGAGGAUGAUAGCAAAUGUGGCACCUUUAAUGGUCAUUGUGUUAUUGUAUAAUCACGACAGAGUGAUGUUAUUCUUUUUUGUGUAACACUUUGACAGCAUUGCGUUUAAAGUCAUGCAGCAAUACUGCUCACUGUAUUUCAUAUUUCACACCUAUUAUUUACUCGGUGGGGUAUAUAAGAGAUUUGUAUUGUGCUAGAUACAGUUCUGUACUGUUGAUGAUUACUGCAACAUUUAAUGACACACAGUAUUUAUAAUUUUAGCAGUGACAUGUUGAUGCCUUGAUUCAUACUGAAGUACUGAACUCAAGUUGAAAACACUUUUAAGUCGAAAUGAAGACGAUAUAGCAGUUAUGUGUAAUUUUUAAUAGUUUAACAGAAACACAGUUGUGAUGAGCAGCUCAUACAGAGGUACUCAAAAAAAUCAGUGUUGACUCUGCUGAUUUGAACCAGGACCUGAAUAUAUGGCUACAGUUGACUGGUUAGAGUAAAAACAACAACAACAACAUUGUAACUUCUAUAGUGGGACUUAAACUAAACACAUGUCAGUGAAGUGUUUCACUGAGUCGUUGAGAAGAAUUUGAGAGAUAUUUCUAGAUGAGCACUUGAGGUCUUGUACCUUUUUCACAGUGUUUUUUUCACAAUAUUUCUUUUUGUCAUUUGUUUAAAUUCAAGGUAAAAAAGAUGUAAAGAGGACCAUUGAGAUUUUUGUAUAUAUAUCCUUACCAAUUGAGUUUCAUAAAUCAUUCCUCUAAGCAAAAGAAUCACCUCUGUUGGCCAAGACAACUUUUUUUAAUUAAGUUUGGUUUGAAGACCAAUGUUGUUUUUAUAUAGACACAAAAUAAAUCCAAAUGAUUUUGUUGAGGCCUUAUUGAGGGCCAGUUUGGCCCUUAGUGUUUUUGUAUGUGAUAUGUUUGUGGGCACAAAUUGCCUUUUUAGUACCUGUAAAAACAGCCGCGUGGUAAGCUUACAUGAUGACACACACAUUUAAGAAUAUCAUGUUUUAGAUCAUAUUGUUAACAUUUAGCUUGACAUUGUUAAAUGUAUAUAUAACUCUGUUAUAGAAUCAUCCUCAGUAGUAUUUGACAAUGACUGAUGAAAUCCAUCUCUGAAGGAUCUGUGUUUAUAAUUGUACUAUUGUUUGUACCUUUGUUCGUUCAUGUCAAAGUGUUCAACACUGGGAGAUAGGGGAAGCAAAGAAAUAUAUUUAAAAGUAGAGUGUAAAGUGUGUGAUGAAUGUAGAAAUGUAAUUGUGCUUUGCAUCUUUCUUUUGCUGCAGAGCCAGUACUGGUAAUUCAGGCAAAAGAAAAACAAUCAAGCCAAAGAUAAUCAUUAUUAACCCUAACCCAAGGAUAUUACCCUCCAAAGGAAUGAUUAUGUGUCACUGCUGUGGUAAAAUAGAAUUCUUGUUAUUUGCUGUAAAACUGGAAAAUAUUUCUCAGGACUAAAUUUAUACCAGUCUUUCUGUUGUUUAAUUCUUGGUUUGUUUAAAGGAAUGUUUAAGAUCCAAUUCCCUUUUGGUUCUGAUUUGAUCUUAUGAGAUAAUUUAGGUUAUUUACGUAUGUGUGACAUUGCCCAUCAUGAUCUUUUCAUUUCUUGUACUCUGUAUAUUGAAAAUAAUAUGACAUUCUGGUUCAGAUCUUGUGUUAUGGGUCUUCCUGGAGAUCUAAUAUUACAUUUCCUCAGCAAUUUAA